ACCUGAACACACACACACACCUGUACUGCUAGACCACGGACACACACACGCACACACACACACACACACACACCUUCUCGGUGACUUUAGGUCCGCUCCGUGAAGGCAAGGCGGCGUGCAGGCAGGCGGCGUGGCCACACAGCAGCAGGAACACCGAGCGAGCCUCCAUUAGCACCAGCUAGCUGUUAGCUUCUAGCUCCGAGGACACAGCGGCUGUCAGCUGCGAGGAUGUCCGGGAAACAGAGCGCCAAAGCCGGCCACGUCACCACAGUCCUCCCGCCCCCCCUCCACGGAAGUCCCGCCCCCCGAAGGAACGAGGGCAGGAGAGAAAAGGGACAAGGAAACAAGUGUCUACUUCCUCAAUGCUGCUGCAAGGUGAGGAGCCCAGACAAGAGCGCCCCCUGUCUGCAGGGAGGACUCACUGCCCCCCGCUGAUAAGCCCUAACAAGUUCCACACUUUCAUCCGGCCUCUUGGGCAACUACCGUACGUUGGGGAUGCCACCAUUAUCAUUCAUUCUUCAUGCCAGCAGACCUUGUACAGCAGUCACCGGGUCAAAGGUCACACUGUGUGUGUGUGUGUUUAUUGGGGGUCAGAGAGAGAGAGAGAGAGAGAGAGAGAGAGAGAGAGAGAGAGAGAGAGAGAGAGAAAGGGGCGUGUGCUGGUUUGGGGAUGGCGGCCAUGUUGAAGCCGGGCGAGCCGAGCGCCUUCCUGAAAGUGGACGCGUCGUACUUGCAUCACUGGCAGCAUCUCUUGCCCGUGCCGCCGGCCCCCGCAGACCCCCUGCGCCCCUCCCGGCUCUACGGCCAGCGAGCAGGAGACGUGCUGGCCAAGGAGCAGAGCUGCGGGGGGGUGGUGUCGUCCAGCGUGAAGAGCGGCGGCGGCGGCGACGACCAAGGCGGGAAAAGUUUGUCGGGGAGGAUGAAGCUGAGCGCCGAGGAGCUGGACUACUUCCUGUAUGGACAACAGAGGAUGGAGAUCAUCCCCGUCAACAACCACAACCUUGACACCAACAGCCGUUGUGACAUGUGCGCCGACAACCACAACGGCGAGUGUCCCAUGCACGGACCGCUGCAUUCCCUGAGGAGGCUGGUCGGCACCAGCAGCACCGCCGCACCCGUUGCCCUGCCCGAUGUCCCUGAUUGGCUGAGAGACCUCCCCCGGGAGGUGUGCCUGUGCACCAGCACCGUCCCCGGCCUGGGGUACGGCAUCUGUGCCGCCCAAAGGGUUCCCCAGGGAACUUGGAUCGGACCAUUCCAGGGCGUCCCUCUGAUGCUGGACAAAGUCCGCUUGGGCGCCACCAGGAACACACGACACCUAUGGGAGAUCUACGACUCGGAGGGAACCUUGUUGCACUUUCUGGAUGGCAACGACCCGUCCAAGUCCAGCUGGAUGCGCUACAUCCGCUGUGCCCGACACUGUGGGGAGCAGAACAUGAUGGUGGUGCAGUACAGGUCCAGCAUCUUCUACCGGGCGUGCAUGGACAUCCCGCGGGGAAGUGAGCUGCUGGUGUGGUACAACGACUCCUACACCUCCUUCUUCGGUAUCCCGCUGCAGUGUGUGGCUCAGGAUGAAAACCUCAACGUUCCAGCCUCGGUGGUGGAGGCCAUGACUCGCCAGGAAUCCUUGCAAGCCUUCAACAAGAACGGCAAGCCUUCGUCCUCCAUGGUCUUCCCCCAGACACCCUGCGCUAGAACCUUCUCCAUGCUGGACAAGAGCGGCGCCCCCUUUCACUCCGAGUCCUCCUUCGGCCAGCUGGGCUCCAAGAACCAGCGAGUCCUGGCCAGUCCCACGUCCACCAGCCAGCUGAGCAGCGAGUUCAGUGACUGGCACCUCUGGAAGUGUGGCCAGUGCUUCAAGACCUUCACCCAGAGGAUCCUGCUCCAGAUGCACGUCUGCCCCCAGAACCCAGACAGGCCCUACCAGUGCGGCCAUUGCUCGCUCUCCUUCUCCCAGCCCUCAGAGUUGAGGAACCACGUGGUGACGCACUCCAGCGACCGGCCCUUUAAGUGCGGGUACUGCGGCCGCGCCUUCGCCGGCGCCACCACCCUCAACAACCACAUCCGCACGCACACGGGAGAGAAGCCCUUCAAGUAAGUACCAGUGCGAGCGGUGUGAUCGCAGCUUCACGCAGGCCACGCAGCUCAGCCGCCACCAGCGACUUCCAAACGAGUGCAAGCCGUCAAGCGAAGGCGGCGAGUCCAUCGAGGUGGACUAGAAGUCAAAGAUGGCGGCCGUUUGACAAACACGAGAGCUUCCUUUUUCUUCCUUGAUUCUCCUCGGCGCCAUCUUUGCUUUUCUAUCCCGCCCGGUGCUUCCUGACCAACGGACCAAAGUUGUGCCAAAGUCUGAGGGAGAAGCCAAACCUUUCUGCUUCAUCGCCGCCCUCUUGUGGCGGCCAAAAGAAACUGGCAAAGUGAGGCCUCCUCUCAAACCAAAGAUUGUUUGAACGCUGCAGCUUUUACCUCCAAAGAAAACUCUCAAUACCAAAAAGCGCUGGAGGCGGAGACCAAAGCAAACACGCCCAUGCAGGGGGCGGAGCUUGAUUGACCAAAUGAAUAUUGAUGUUGUUGCACUUUGGCGUCACCCACACCACAACAAGCACACACCAAAGUUGACGUUUUUGUGCCUGGACAUUAAAAAAAAAGCUUUAAUGACGCAAAAAAAAUAAGUCACUUUUAGCUUGAAGUCAUGGUAACGUGUUUGUGUUGACGUUUUUACCCACUUCCUGUUUACUUGACGGGACGUUGAUGCUCACGUUUGCAUGAGUUGACAAUAAAACGUGAAGAAAAGCUGACAUUUUAUUAGAAAACACACAAGAAUGAUAAUUGUUAUUAUGACUGGUGUGAUGCAUACCAGGAUAAAGAAAUAAAUAAAUAUCAAGA